ACAAAAGGAGAGGAGGUAGUAAGAGAGGAGACAAAAGGAGAGGAGGUAGUAAGAGAGGAGAGGAGAGGAGACAAAAGGAGAGAAGAGAGGAGGAGAGAGGAGGCAGGUGGAGCACAGUGUGCGGUCGCUCCAUUCAUCCGCUCCUCCGUCCAUGGCUCCUCACCGGUACUCACUGAGCAGCUCCGCCGCCGUUCGCAGCGAGCCGGCGGCUGGAGCCGCAGCAGCGGGUCGCUACUACGGAGAACCACACAAGUUUGAUCCUUCCUUCAGAGGUCCAGUCUGCAGAAGAAGCUGCACUGACAUCUUAUGUUGUUUGAUCUUCAUCAUUGUCAUCCUCUCAUAUGUGGCUCUGGGCAUUGUGGCCUGGUCACACGGGGACCCCAGGAAGGUUCUCUAUCCAACAGACAGCUACGGACAGUUCUGUGGGCAGAAGGGGACGUCCAACGCGAAGAAACCCAUCCUGUUCUACUUCAACAUCUUAAAAUGUGCCAACCCGACGAUACUCAUCAACCUGCAGUGCCCCACCACGCAGAUGUGUGUGUCACAGUGUCCAGACAAGUUUGCCACCUACACUGAGAUGCAGCUGCAACACAAACUCGGCAAGAGCUACUGGGACUAUUAUAGACAGUUCUGUAAGCCUGGAUUCAACAACCCGGACAAGCCGGUGUCUCAGGUGCUCCGAGACGAGGACUGUCCAUCCAUGAUCAUCCCCAGUAGACCAUUCCUCCAGAGGUGUCUGCCACACUUCUCCACUCUGAACGGGACGGUGACUGUCGCGAACAGGACCAGGUUCAGGGACGCUCUGGAGAUUCCACACAGUGUCAGUGAACUCCAACAUGCUGCCAAGGGCAUAACGGGACUCGUGGACACGAGGGAGAUGGGCAUGAAGAUAAUGGAGGAUUACGCCAAGUCUUGGACCUGGAUACUCAUAGGGCUGCUGAUUUCCCUGGCUGUUAGUCUGGUCUUCAUCCUGCUGCUGAGGUUCACAGCUGGGUUGCUGCUGUGGACCACCAUCAUCUCCGUCGUGCUGCUGCUGGCAUACGGCAUGUGGUACUGCUCCGUGGUUUGGUCCCAGCUCAGACACACACCAGGGUCGGAUGUGGCCAUAGCAGAAGUUGGCCUGCAGACUGACCUGCAGGUCUACUUACAACUCAGACAGACAUGGAUCGUAUUUUUGGUGUCUCUGGGAGUGACUGAAGCCUCCAUCUUGGCCAUGUUGAUCUUCUUGAGGAGAAGAGUCCGAGUGUCCAUCGCCCUGCUCAGAGAGGCCAGCAAAGCCAUCGGUCACAUCAUGUCCACACUGUUCUUUCCAGUCGUCACCUUCCUCUUGUUGACCCUUUGCAUCUCCUGCUGGGCGGUGACCGCAGUUUACCUCGCGUCCUCCGGCGAAGCCAUCUACAAAGUGACGUCUCCCGAUGUGAGCUGCCCCUACACCAACAGCACCUGCAAUCCUGAGACCUUCAACAGAACCAACAUCUCCACAUCAGCGCUGUGUCUGGGCUCGCAGUGUCUGUUCGCCUUCUACGGCGGAGAGACGUCCUACCACCGCCACCUCCCCCUGUUGCAGCUGUCCAACCUCCUGGUCUUCCUCUGGCUGGUCAACUUCAGCCUGGCCCUGGAGCAGUGCACCCUGGCCGGCACGUUCGCUAGCUACUACUGGGCCAAGAGGAAGCCUCAGGACAUCCCGGCAUGUCCCCUCUUCUCCUCCUUCAGUAGGGCUGUCAGGUAUCACACAGGCUCUUUGGCAUUUGGAGCUCUAAUUCUUUCUGUGGUCCAGCUCCUGCGGAUCAUACUGGAAUUCCUGGAGCAGAAACUAAAAGGUCUUGACAACAGCCUGUCGCGGUUCCUGAUGUGCUGUCUGAAGUGCUGUUUCUGGUGUCUGGACAAAUUCAUCCGCUACAUGAACCACAACGCGUACAUCAUGGUGGCGAUCUAUGGUCAAAACUUCUGUACCUCAGCCAGAGAGGCCUUCUUCCUACUCAUGAGAAAUGUGGUCCGGGUUGCUGUUCUGGACCGAGUGACCGACUUCCUCUUGUUUCUGGGCAAAGUGCUGAUAGCAGGAGGAGUCGGUGUGUUUGCCUUCUUCUUUUUCACUAGGAAGAUCCCUGUUAUCCAGGAGGAAGUGCCCAAUCUCAACUACUACUGGGUCCCUCUACUGACUGUGGUGACGGGCGCGUACCUGAUUGCUCAUGGAUUCUUCAGCGUGUACGCCAUGUGUGUGGACACGCUCUUCCUCUGCUUCUGUGAUGACUUGGAGAGGAACGAUGGUAGUACAGAAAAACCUUUCCUCAUGUCCCCAGAGCUGCACAGAAUCCUGGGAAAACCCAGUCGGUCGCGGUGAUAUUCUGGCGUCCAUAUCCCCGCCGUGCCAUCAGUCUGCUCAGUCUCUGUAAAACUGUGAAGGACAAACAGACAUCACCGGUCCAAAUCCUCGAGACGUCAACACUGACGUUAAAAAUAACACAGGCCCAGGAGUUAUUAUUAUUAUUAUUAUCACUAUUAUGGCAAAGCUGAACGUGGCUGGUCUGCUUUCAUACUCCGGCACACAGGAGGAUAGUUCGUCCCACCAUGACAGAAACAUUACACAGACGACAUGAAACUGACCGUGAUGAGGCAGCGCUCUCUCUCCUGGAGGCCUGGGCAGUGUCUCCCCCCACCGGCUGCACCGGUGCAGAAAUGACACCGUGACGAUUUCACCCCUCAGUUCAGAUGGGUUUUUUUUGUAAACCUUCAUUUGUUAUCUGUUUGCAAUGAAUGCCCUUAAAUUGUUUAUGAAAAAAGCGUAUGAAAAUCAGUUUCCGUGGGAUGUGAGAGCGAGUGUGGCCGGAAAAAAAACGUCGUUCUGAGAUCACGUUCAGACCUACAAGUUGAUUCAGGCCCGUUUCCAACCAAUAGCCACAGUCACAAACUAUAACUGAAGCGUUCUUCACGUUUGUUCCACAGCAUUUUCAUUAAAAGAGAGAAACUACAGAGUACGACAUCUUAUGACUCUGGAAAACAAUAUUGAGGUCAUCAGGAGUUUUUCCACCUCUGGAGGAGAAGUGACGUAGCAGUGUUUUUUUAUUGUAUAACAGACGAAGUUGAGCAAUUUAUCCUGAAGCAAUUCAUUUCUGUAAACAACUCUUUGUUUUCAACACAGAAGGAAGAUUAUGAAAACACUGUUCAGUUUCACUCACUAUGGGUUUUGGGUUUUUUUCUAAAUGAAACCAAGAGUAAUCGUAUUGCCUGUCACACUAUUUAUACACCCUGUUCAUUUUUAUAAGACUUGAUGAUUAUUGUAUUUGUAGUUUGUUUUUUAAUUUGUGAAAUUGAUCAAAAUAUAAUACAAUGUUCAUUUCUUAAUUAAAGGAAUAAUAAAAAUGUUUUUGUCUUCAGCACUCAAAUCAAUGUUUCUUUUAAAAAAAAGUCGAUGACAGAGACGAUGUUCCAGUGUCAGG